CCAAACAAUUUUAAGUGUGGGAUAUGAGCUGUUUGUGUCACUAAGUAAAAUUAGAUGCGUCUGUUGCUAACAACCGGGGACGAAACUUGAGACAAGGCUGGGCCGGGGAGCCUUUUCGUCCAGGCUGGUUGGUGAACUUGAACUGUCCCCUCUCACUCAGCGAGUGGUGGGACAGCCUGAAAUGCUCUGUCUCAGAAGGAUCUGGAGCAGUGCAGUUAAUUCACAGUGCGCUUUUUACAACAUCUAAGAUGAAUGAAUAAAGAUGUGGUCUACAUACGCAGUGAAAUGUUACUCAGCCAUAAAAAAGAAUGAAAUAAUGCCAUUUUCAGCAACAUGGAUGGACCUAGAGAUUAUCACACUAAGUGAGAUGGUGCGUGAACAAUACACCACGACCACAGAGGGCACCCGCAUAGAGCGGCCAGAGAACCAGUCUGUCUACAAAAUCGGCAUUUAUGGCUGGAGAAAGCGUUGCCUGUACUUAUUUGUGCUUCUUUUGCUCAUCCUCCUCCUCGUGAAUAUCGCUCUUACAAUUUGGAUUCUUAAAGUGACGUGGUUUUCCCCAACAGGGAUGGGUCACCUGCAUGUUACAGAAGACGGACUUCGCCUGGAGGGGGAAUCGGAGUUUUUAUUCCCACUGUAUGCCAAAGAAAUACACUCCAGAGUGGACUCAUCUCUGCUUCUGCAGUCCACACAGAACGUGACUAUAAAUGCACGCAACCCAGAAGGAGAAGUCACAGGCAGGUUAAAAGUGGGUCCCAAAAUGGUAGAGAUCCAGAGUCAACAGUUUCAGAUCAGCUCCAAGGACAGCAAGCCACUGUUCACCGUGGAUGAAAAGGCAGUUGUGGUUGGUACAGAUAAACUUCGAGUAACUGGGCCUGAAGGGGCUCUUUUUGAACAUUCAGUGGAGACGCCCCUCAUAAAACCGGACCCCAUCCAGGACCUUAGACUAGAAUCCCCGACACGGAGUCUCAGCAUGGAUGCCCCGAAAGGCGUUCGCAUUCAAGCUGCUGCAGGGAACAUCGAGGCCCUUUCCCAGAUGGACAUCGUUCUUCACAGCAGUGAUGGGACGCUUGUGCUUGAUGCUGAAGCCGUGUGUUUACCCAAGUUGGCUGAGGGGACUCAGGCUCCCGCAGGCAGCUUGCAGGGACUCUACGAAAUCUGUGCGUGUCCAGAUGGGAAGCUUUACCUGUCUGUGGCCGGCGUGGGUACCACGUGCCACGAGAACAGUCACAUCUGCCUCUAAACCAGGGGCGGCAUCUUCCACGGAGCUACCUGCCUCGUUUCGGUGAGCUUUGGAGUGCUGACCUCAAGCCUUCACACCUGGAGCAACUCGACAAAGUCAAGCUGAGGUGGCACAUGGGAAGGAAGUAGGACCCGCUUUCGAAAGGAGCUCAGAAAGAAAAAUGUACCAGUGGAAGUGAUCCCAUGAAACUCCGUGAUCUCAAAGUGGCGGGUGGACCUUAAGACACAAAAGUCAAAGGAAUAUCAGGAGAAUGUGUUGAUUCCGCUAGACUGAUUCAUUCCCAUCAGAACCAUUGUGACUUGCCCUUUCUUGUACGUGUCGAUCUACAGUGAAAUAUUGAACUGCUGUGUGGAAUAUCAGCUCUGGGUGUCUGACUCGCCGUUGAGAGGAGCCGCGGUCCUGCUGAGGUGCCCCGAGAGUUCCAUGCGGUUUUCCUCUGUGUUGCUCAAACCUGUAAGUGCUCUCUUCAUUUUAAUGCAACGUGUGUCAGGUUUCACAAGAAAAUCUUCAAGUUUUGAAGAGACGUUAAGGUUGAUUUGACUUUCAAUAUGCAGUCAGAGGAAUAAAUUGUACAAAACCAUGCUUUCUUUAUAUAGUCAAUGAGCAAUAAAAAUCAACCUACAUUUU